CAGUAUGACUAAAAAAUCUUUUUAUGAAAUUGGACAAAGAAGUUAAUAGCUCGAUUUUUGUGUGUGUUUAUUAAGGGCAAUCCUUGGCGAGAACCCCCCUCAGAAAAAGUGUCUAAACCGAAAAAAGUUUGCAAAUUCAAUGAAAAUGUUGACAAAUGUGAAGAAACAUUAGUGGAUUACUUAAAAAAUACACAGGUGUUUGUGUCUCUCGUUGAAGAACGAACGGGGUAAUCAACUCCCUCCACUGCAAUUACGAGUUUUUUUUUUGUUGUUUUUACUUCAUAAAUGAAAGAAAAAAAAAACAACUCUACACAACAAUCUCGCACGGGAAGAAAGAAAAGAACGACAACGACGACGACGACGGAACAAAAAUAUCACGUAAAGAAAGAAAAGAUAAAGAAACGAGAGAAUCGUAACCCCAUCAAGCAACAAACAACGAUCAAACUGAAUUAUUAUUAAUAAUAAAGUUUGGGCAAGAAACAUACAAAAUAAAUGAAAUAUACUUUCCAGUGAACGAUGUGCUGUGCGGAGAGAUUUGUAUAAAAAAUCGGCUAAAAAGAAUUAGCAAAAAACACACUAGCAUCCAGUAGUUGAUGUCCCACCACCACCACCACCUUUGUCACCACCGUCACCGUCGUCAUCAUCAUUAUCAUCGUUUCUGUAGUCAUUAUUGUCACCACCAGAUAGCCAGAAAACUAUUGCUACUACCAAUAAUAAAAACAACAACAGCAACAACAACAACUACAUCAUCACCAAGAACAGCCACACCAGUCGCAAAGUAGGGAAAACUUCAUCAGCAUCAUUCAUAAUUAUCAUUUAGUCGCCUCAGUAGCCGAGUCUGAAGGCAGUGCAGUUGUCGCCGCAGUAGCAGAGCAUUAUAAUUAUUGGCAAAUAUGCGUGAAUUUAAAGUUGUUGUUCUGGGGUCUGGAGGUGUUGGCAAAUCAGCCUUAACAGUGCAGUUUGUUUCCGGUUGUUUUAUAGAAAAAUAUGAUCCCACAAUAGAGGAUUUCUAUCGCAAAGAAAUCGAGGUUGACAGCUCACCAUGUGUUCUAGAAAUCUUAGAUACAGCGGGCACGGAGCAGUUUGCCUCAAUGCGAGAUUUAUAUAUUAAAAAUGGUCAUGGAUUUAUUGUCAUGUAUUCACUAACAAAUCAUCAAACAUUUCAGGAUAUUUCCACCAUGAAAAAUGUCAUAACCCGAGUUAAAGGCAGCCAACCAGCUCCCAUAUUGCUAGUCGCUAAUAAAUUAGAUUUAGAUUGCCAAAGAGAAGUAUCAACUGCCGAAGGUAAUACUUUGGCCCAAUUAUGGGAAUGUCCCUUCAUAGAAGCCUCCGCUAAAGAUCGUAUUAAUGUCAAUGAAGUAUUUGCAACAAUAGUCCGUGAAAUGAAUAUGACCCAGGAUAAAAGACAGAAAAAAAGUUAUUGUUGUUGUGCUCUUUUAUAGAAGGAUUUUGCUAAUUAUUAUAAAUAUUAUUAUUAUUAUAAUUACUACUAUUAUAGCAAUUAUGCACUUACGUACAUAUUAUUAUAAUAUAAAUACACCACACAAAACACACACACAUAUAUAUAGAGAGCGAGAGAAACAUGUGAAUCAGAGUAAUAAGAACAACAGCAACAACAACACGAAGAAAGUGGAACAUAUAAUCCCCCAAAUUCCCCCCUUGUCCCCUCUUAAAAUAGUAACAUACAAUACAGAAAAUAAGAAACUAAAUAAUAAUGUUAAUUAUGCGAAGAUCAAAUCGUCGGAUAUAACGACAAUUAUGAUGAUGAUGAUGAUAACAAAGCAGAUAACAACAAGAAAACAAAUACGUGCAAAAAUAAUAAUAAAAAACAGUAUAUAUAAUAAUUUUCAUUAUUAACAAUAAUGAACAUAUAUAUAUAUUUAUAUAUACAUAUUAUAUAUUUAGUGAUGGCAAUUUGAAAUGAUGAUGAGCUUUUUUCAUCACUACUGUGUAGCAAAACAAAAAAGUAACAAAAGAAAACAAAUGAUAAAAUCCAAAACAAAAAAAGAAAAACAACAAACAUAUUUUGUGUAUGCCAAUUUUGUAUAGUGUAUUAAGUGCAAAACCAACCCCCUAAAACAAAAAAAAAAAAAACAACAAAAAAUAUGAAAAAAAUUAAACAAUAACAAGAACUCAAAAGAAAAGAAAAACAAAACAUGGAAUCGAAUCAAUUUUCUUGAUUUAAGACAGGAGUUAUCUCACAGUUUUAUGAUAACGAUGAUAGGAUACUUAAGAUCGAAAAACAUUCAUUUAUUAACUCAGUUCUCUGUUACAUAAUCUGUCACACACACACACCCACACAGACAUUAAGUACAUUAUUCUGUAUACGAACAAGGUCUAUUUAAAGUUAUUCUAAAAUAAGUUGAUGUAUUCAAUUGAUGUAGAAUUCCUGUCAUACAAGCAGAAGAGUCAAGAAAUAUGGGAUUUUUUUUUUAAAUUAACGAACAAGAUCUUUUUGGAAUUAUUCUAAAAUAAGUUGAUGUUUUCAAUUGAUUAGAAUUCCUGUCAUCCAAGCAGAGGAGUCAAGAAAUUUGGGAAAUUGAUUAGCAUAGAACACCUAAUACAUCUCUAAUAACAAGAAAACUUCUCGGACAGCAUCUCUCAAAUCGAAUGUCUCUUAGGCUUCCUUUAAUGAAACAUUAUCAGGUCUUUUGUAAACACAAUAACAAUUUCAAAUCUUUUUAGAACCAUCUCAAAAAACUCAAAAACCUGCAGGACUUCCAUAUAACAUUAAUGAGGUCUUGUAAAAAUAUGUCGUCCUUCAUUUAGAUUUCAUUUAUAGCUUUCUACAAAGGGAGACACUAUUUUAUGUUUAGAAGACCCGAAGAGACUUCUAUAGACAGAGGAUUUUUGAAGGCAAACCUUUGAGGUAUUUUAUUGAUAGAAAAGCUUUCAACGUAUUUAGAAUUUUGAGACAAAUUUGAACAAUUUUAAAUCUUUUUUAGAGCCAUCUCGUAAAAAUCAAAAACCCGCAGGACUUCCAAUUAAAAUGGAUGAGGUCUUGUAAUAAUAUGUCGUUCCUCAUGUAGAUUUCAUUUAUAGCUUUCCAUAAAGGGAAAUGCUAUUUUAUAAUUAAAAGAUCCAAAGAGACUUCUAUAGACAGAGGAUUUUUGAAGACAGCCCUUUGAGGUAUUUUAUAGAUAGAAAGCUUUCAGUGUUUUUGUUGAAUUUUGAGACCUUCUAGGAAUAUGAAAAAAGUGGUAGGACUAAAAAUGGCCUUUGAUGUCUUCAAUGCGCAGAAGACUUUUGAGGCCUUCUGUUGAUACAUAGAAUGCCUCUGAGAUUUCUUUCCUCUGUUCAUUGUAAACAGAAAAUCGUUUCCGACUAAAAACAACUUUUAUUCCCCAUAAAGCAAAAAUCGCCGCAUUCUUUAUGGAGGCCAGGAGACUUUCUAUUGACAGAAGACUUUUGAGGUCUUUUACAGAUAGUUUACCUGUCGAUGUCUUUCAUACUUUUGAGACAUUUUAGAAAUAAAAUAUGUGGUAGUACUUUCAUUUAAAGAUUGCUUCUGACGUCUACUAUAUAAAGAAGACCUUAGAGGCAUUCUGAGAUUCCUUCUAGACAGAAAAUCUUUGAGAAUAAAAAGUCCUUUGUAUUCCCUAUAGAAGAAACAUUGCCAUGUUCUUCAUUGGAUAGACCUUGGAGAUAAAGAGAUCUUUACAGACAGGUGACAUUUAAGGUCUUUUACAGAUAGUUUACCUGUCGAUGCCUUCCAGACUCUUGAGACCUUUUAGAAAUAAAAGAUGUGGUAGGACUUUUAUAUAAAGAUGACUUCUAUAUGAAGAAGACCUUAGAGGUCUUCUGAGAUUCUUUAUAUUCCCUAUAGAAGAAACAUUGUCGCGUUCUUCAUUGGAUGGAACUUAGAGAUCAAGAGAUCUUCUACAUGCCGGACACUUGUGGUCUUUUGCAGAUGGAAUACCUCUCGAUGUCUUUCAGACUUUUGCGGCUUUUUAGAAAAAAAAAGAUAUGAGGAAAACCUCUGAGGCCUUCUAAAAAAAAAACAUAGAAUAAUUCUGAGACCUUAUUGACAGAAAAUCCGUUAUAAAAACACUUUGUAUUCCCUAUAAAGAAAACCUCACUGGGCUGUUCAUUAGAUAGACCUUUGAGGCCUUAUUACCUUCUAUAGGCAAAUGAUUAUUUCUGUUCUUGUAUUCAGAAAAUAUCAUGGAAACUCUUAGGUCUGUCACAGUUUUGAUUGCGUUUUGUAAGAAGACCUUGCGUAGGUACAAAAGGCCAUUAACAUCUUAUAUAGACAAGCGACCUACUUCAGUUCUUGUAUUCUUAGAAUGAACUCUAUCUUUUAUAAAUUGAAAAUAUUUGAUAGAUAGAGAGAGGGGUAUCCGAAGUUAUGAGAUCUCUCGCAUCUUCAUUAAACAGACUUUUCAGACAUUCUGUUGUUAGCAGUUUGUACAGAGUCAAAUAUCAGAUGUUUUAUUUAGAAAAAUCUCCUCGUUGUCUUAGAAAUUUGUAAAUUCCCUUUUGGGAUUUUAGAAGGGAAAAUAUCUCUCAAGUCUCCCUCGUAUUGAAGACUUCUAAGACCAAAAGCACCCCUAGAGUCUUUUCAAAUGGGGGGGUACAUUUCAGUUCCCAGAUAAAUAGAAAUUUCUUAGACCACCUGAAGGUAGAACACAUCCCAACAAUUUUGGAAAGCAGUAUGGACAAGGAGAUUGUAAGCUAAUUUUUUACAAAAUAUUUAACGGAAGCCAUCAAUUACAAUUUUCGAAAGGAUUGUUUGGAUAUAUUGAUAUUUUACACAUUGUUAUUUUAAAAAAGGAUCUCAAAGUACAUUUACAUAUAAUUGGGAAUUUGGAUAAAAAUUAUCAUGUCCAUUGUCUAUUCGACAAAUAAAUACUUGGGGUUUUUUUUUCUACAGAAAAGUAUUUUUUUUUCCUUUUUUAUAAGGGCCUCAUCUUCUUUUGUAUGCUGAGUUUUUAUAAUUGUGGAUUUUUUUAAUUUUAAAUAAUAAGUUUUUAAAGUCUUUUGGAAUGGUAUUUUAUUCCCUUUCUGGUAUCGUCAUGCAUAAAUAGGCUCUUAUUAUAUAAAAAGUAUGUAAAUAGUGAUAGGAAUGUUUGUAAGGGUCCUUUAUAAUAAAGUAAUGUCAUAAGAUCAUGGUAGAAGACUACAGGUAGAUGCAUCAAGGCUUGGGAACAUUGAUAUGUCAAUAAUUAUUAAAAUGUUUUGACAAAAAUAAGUAAAUUUUUAUAUGUCUUCUUUUACGACACAGAUCGUGGGUUCUCAUGAUAUGCAUUUUUUUUUAGCAAUUUUUACGAAUUUCAAUAAUUUUUCUUCAAAAAUCUCAAUUCCAAAAUUGAUUUGACAGUUCAUUGUCCCAACAGCUGUGUCGAUGCGACUACCUGUAUUCUUCUAUCAUGCAUAAGUUCAAGCUCGUUUGGAAAUCAAAAAAUGUUACAUUAUAUUCCAAAUUUCUCCAAAAUAGAGGAAGAUCAAAUGCUUGUGAGGUUUAAGCCAACAAUGUCUGCGAAAUGAUCGAGUAAAAGGUAUAUUAGUUAUGAGGUAUAUGCCAAGGUCUCUAUAAGGUCGGACAGUUAGCCCAUCCAGCUAAUUUAAAGAAAGUCAAUUCACAAAAGUGUAAAAAAAAAGGGAACUGAAAAGCAGAUUAUCAUUUAUUCAUUUAUAACUCGAUUGAGUAUUGAGUUUACAUAGGGUAUUCAAUAGACCCUUCCAAUUGCACUACAACUCCUCCUCACCUAUUUGAACAUACAUUUCAAAAUUAAUUGAAAAAUGCUACAGUAGGACACUUUUCGACUCACUAAAUGUAUUGUUUUUCACGGCUGUUUUUUUUGUUUUCAUACAGGUUUUUAAAAAAAAAGCAUUUCGUUUUAAGUUAAGUUUUUCUCAAAGGAAAACAAAAAGACACAUACAUACACAGACACACACAUACAUCAACGACCAGAUUUACACCUUCAAGAGUGAUCAGUUUAUACUAUAUAUAAAUAUAUAAUAUUCAUUAAAAAUUAUGUAAUUUCAUAAACGAAUUGUUUGAAACACAAGAACAGUAUGUUUUUUUAUUUCAUAACACAAACAGAGAAUAGGAAAUAAUAAGCAAGGCAAUUAAUUUAUAUAAAAAAAAAAAACUUAAGAAAACUAAAAAAAAAACAAUUAAAUUUAAAUUAAGUGUGGCUAUAUUUAGAAAGACUCUUAGACUCUCCUUUUAGGGCAUAAAUUAAUUAAUUAAUUGAAAAAAAAAAACAAAUUCAAAACAAAUUAUCUUAAAAAAGGCAUCACUUUCUUUAAUUUUUUUUGUUUGAUUUGUUUCUUUUACUUGAAUUUUCCCAUUUAACAACGCUACACAAAAGGGCAUUUCUAUUUGUUUCUGUCUCUCCGUCUCUGUAUUUUUUUACUAAUUACCCUGUUUUUUAAUAAGCACAAUUUUUUUUAGCUAUAAAUAUAUAAAUUAAUUUAAUUAACUAUAACAAAGAAAUACAAAAAAAAAGAGAAAUUUGUUGGUUCGUUUUUUUUUAAUAUUUUAAUGUGUUUACUUUGGUUUAGUUUAAGACAAAUGUAUGUAUGUAUGUAUUGUUUCUCACAAGUCUUCGUUUCGUUUAGCAAAAACAAAACAAGAAAAAAGAAAAAGAAAACACAACAACAAACUAAGGCAUCAAUUAUUUGUUUUGUUUUUUUACAUACCUUCUCAUUGCAAAACAUAAUGUCAUAUUACAAGUCUCUUAAAGACUCAAAAACACACACAGACACACACACACAAAUAAUAAGCUAUAUAUGUCAUAACUCUAUCAUCAAACAACAAACCCGAAACUAAAUACUAAAUAAUAAUAAAUUAUUAAGUAUUUUCAGAGAAAAAGAAAACAAAACAACAUUUUUUUAAACGAUUUUUAAAUUUAUCAAUUUUAUUAACGUCGUUUUACUAUUGUAAGGGCCUCAUGAAUAAAGCAAAACAACAAUAAAUGUAACAUAUUUUUGUAAAUUAUCUGUAAAGCAAAAUGUAAUACCACAACAGAAAAAAAAAACAACUGCAUAAAAACCAACAACAACAAAGAAAAGAACUAUAAACUCCUAAAAGAAUAAUUAAAAAACAAAAAAAGAAAAACAUUUUUUUAAGGACGACAUUAUUUUAAAUGUGGAAUGUAGACAUUUUUUUUUUUUUUGAUAUACAUGUUGCAUGUUAAUUUAAUAAAAAAAAACAAAAAGCAAACCCCAACAACAAAUGUCGUACAUAUGUAAUUGUAAUAUAAAAAAAAACAAUAAUAUUAAUUAAUAAUUAUAAUAAUAAUAAAAAUAAUAAUAAUAAAAAGAACACAAUAAACAAAUCAUGA